AUCACAUCGUCUCGUCUGUCGUCGUGUGUGGCUUCCUCUCUUCCCCUCCUCCCUUGGCCCCGUCUCGUCUCCUCCCCCUCACCUUCCUCUCCACCUUCCUCCCUCCCACCCCUCCGCGCCUCGCCCCACCGCGCCAACCAACCAACACGGCGUCCCAGCCUGCCUAUAUACCGCUCCCCCCGCGCCCCCACACGCGCAAAUCCAUAUGCUCAGCUCCCGCCUCCUCCCAUCCCCGGACCCCGGACCCCGGCCAUGGGCGCUUGCUUCUCCUCCGCCUCUGCCGCCCCCGCCGGCGCCGCCGUCGACGAGCGCCGCCCGUCCAAGGAGGGCGACGGCAAGAAGAGGCGCCGCGCCGCCGGGGCAUCGCCGGAUGCCGCGGCGCCCGUGCGCGUGGAGUUCGGCUACGAGAGGGACUUCGAGGCGCGCUACGAGGUCGGCCGCCUGCUCGGCCACGGCCAGUUCGGCUACACCUUCGCCGCCACCGACCGCGGCUCUGGGGACCGCGUUGCCGUCAAGCGCAUCGACAAGGCCAAGGUGAGCUGCCGCCUGCCCCCCCGCACCCCAAGCCGCCGCGCUGUCCCUGUCUCUGUCUCUCCUACUAGUAGUAGUAGCUGGUGGUGAUUCCGAGCGCGUCUUUGGUCUGGUGCAUCGAACCACUUGUGCUUGGUGCAUUUCGAGGGGAUUCGGUGUAAUUCCGUGCAAAUUAGGGAUUUCUCUCCUGUUGCUUUCCGAGGUUUAGGUGUUUCGAUUGGGACGCGAUUGGAGCCGUUCAUUUUAGGACAUUUCCGGUGCCUUUUGGGAGGCGUUUAGCUCAACGAGUAGCUCACUCACAUUUCUAGCUGUUUGGCCGCUUCAUUUCUCCCAAGCUUUCGUUGUUUGCCGGUGGUUCUGAGCUGCGGGAUCUUGACGUUGGCCAGAGAGGUGGUUUCGACAUUCAGGCAUCUCGGAUGACCUCUUAGUUUGGCACUACAGCUCUAUUAUUUCGGGAACGACGUGUUGCUCAGUGCGCACCUCAUUCAUGGAAGUGGCAAGGUCGCUUGUCUGCAGAACGGGGAAGGUGCUUUUCAUCUGGCUAUUCAUGGAAAACGACUUGUUCAGUUGCCCUACUAAUAAUUUCAAUAAGAUUGCCUGCCUCCUUGAAUGGUUGGGGCUUGGAAGGUUCCUGUCGAAGAAAAAGUCAGGAAAGAUAACAAUUGCGCACUUGCAGUGGACAACGCUUCCCUGUCUUCUAUGCUAUAGGUGGACAGCAUUUUUCUAGAUGACCCGCCCUGUUGCUGUGGAGGAUGUGAAAAGAGAAGUGAAGAUUCUUAAAGCACUUAAAGGACAUCAGAAUAUUGUUCACUUCUACAAUGCAUUUGAGGAUGAUUCAUACGUGUACAUUGUGAUGGAGCUAUGUGAGGGCGGUGAACUAUUAGAUCGGAUUUUGGCAAAAAAGAAUAGCCGCUAUAGUGAGAAAGAUGCUGCAGUGGUAGUCCGCCAAAUGCUCAAAGUAGCUGCUGAAUGCCAUCUGCGUGGGUUAGUUCACCGAGAUAUGAAGCCUGAGAACUUCCUUUUCAAAUCGAACAAGGAGGAUUCACCACUAAAGGCGACAGAUUUUGGUUUGUCAGAUUUCAUUAAGCCAGGGAAGAAGUUCCAUGACAUUGUUGGAAGUGCUUACUAUGUCGCACCAGAAGUACUAAAACGACGGUCUGGUCCUGAGUCAGAUGUUUGGAGCAUAGGAGUCAUAACCUACAUUUUGCUCUGUGGGAGGCGCCCUUUUUGGGAUAAGACCGAAGACGGUAUAUUCAAGGAGGUUCUAAGGAACAAGCCUGAUUUUCGUAAGAGGCCUUGGUCAAGCAUCAGCCCAGGUGCUAAAGAUUUUGUUAAAAGGUUACUAGUGAAGAAUCCAAGGGCCAGGCUAACAGCUGCUCAAGCUCUCUCACAUCCGUGGGUAAGAGAAGGAGGGGAAGCAUCCGAUAUCCCCGUCGACAUAUCUGUGUUAUCAAACAUGCGUCAGUUUGUCAAGUACAGCCGUUUCAAGCAAUUCGCGCUUCGGGCUCUGGCGAGCACCCUUAACGAGGAAGAGCUAUCAGAUCUGAAGGAUCAGUUUGAUGCAAUUGAUAUCGAUAAAAGUGGAUCGAUUAGUAUCGAGGAAAUGCGUCAUGCCCUUGCAAAGGAUCUUCCCUGGAGAUUGAAGGGUCCCCGUGUGCUGGAGAUUAUUCAAGCAAUUGACAGCAACACUGAUGGGCUCGUGGACUUCAAGGAGUUUGUUGCGGCAACUCUCCAUAUCCACCAGAUGGCGGAGCUCGACUCAGAAAGGUGGGGCAUACGCUGCCAAGCUGCUUUCAGUAAGUUUGAUCUUGACGGUGAUGGAUAUAUCACGCCGGAGGAACUCAGAAUGGUGCAGCACACUGGGUUGAAGGGAUCUAUCGAGCCGCUGCUGGAGGAGGCCGACAUCGACAAAGACGGCAAGAUAAGCCUGUCCGAGUUCCGCAAGCUCCUACGGACAGCGAGCAUGAGCAACGUACCCAGCCCAAGGGGGCCCCCAAACCCUCAGGCUCUGUGAAUUCCGGCUCGGCCACUAGGGAGGAGCAAGCUUAGGAAGUUGCCAUACAAUAGCCAUGUGUUCUUUGGGUUCUUCAGAGUGCCAUGUGAUGUUUCUGGUUUUUAGCAUCCAGGUUAUGUGUGCAGUGCAGCCCCGAGUGAGUUUCGAAGUAAAUAUUCAGUGCUUUCUUUUUCUUUCCGGAAGAGUGAGAGGUGGAGGUCAAAAUGGUAGGCAAGACUCGCCUUCUUCUUUCCUUUACACUGUACAGUGAUACUGAAAUAUGUACGAUUUUUAUUAUAACUGUUCGUCGCAAUAAAGUUAUUUGGAGAAGUGAGGAUUUUA